GAGCAGGAUGCCCUCUGAGCUCCAGGAGCGUCACCUGACCUCCAGCUGUGGCUCCUACAUCAAGACCGAGCCCUCCUCCCCCUCCUCCUCAUUGGUUGACACCGUCAGCCACCACAGCCCCUCGGCCAAUAGCGACGCCAGCGGCGGCUACAUCAACGUAAACAACCUCAACAGACGCUCGCACGUCCUCGACUCCCCGCCCAUGUUCAACCCGGGCAUGCUGGGAGGGGACGGAGCCUGUCUCCGGCGGUAUGAUGACUGCGGAGGGGGCGUGGUGGAUGAUUCGCCAGUCAAGUGCGAGUAUAUGUUGAAUGCGAUUCCGAAGAGGGUGUGUCUGGUGUGCGGGGAUAUCGCAUCGGGUUACCACUACGGGGUCGCCUCCUGUGAGGCCUGUAAAGCCUUCUUCAAAAGGACCAUACAAGUCAGCAGACGCUCUAAUCCAGAGCAACAUACAAGAAACAUAGAGUACAGCUGUCCGGCCACCAACGACUGUCAGAUAACCAAGAGGAGACGCAAGUCCUGCCAGGCCUGUCGCUUCAUGAAGUGUCUCAAUGUGGGCAUGCUCAAAGAGGGUGUGCGUCUGGAUCGUGUGAGGGGUGGAAGACAGAAGUACAAGAGGAGAAUGGGGGACACAGAGAACGGGGCCUAUCUAGGCCUGACGCUCCCCCCUCCUGCCAAAAAACCAUUGACAAAGAUUGUGUCUCACCUGCUGGUGGUUGAGCCAGAGAAGAUCUAUGCCAUGCCCGACCCGACCAUGCCAGAUGGAUACAUCAAGGCCCUGACCACUCUGUGUGACCUGGCCGACAGAGAACUGGUGGUCAUCAUCGGCUGGGCCAAACAUAUCCCAGGCUUCUCUAGCCUGUCUCUGGCAGACCAGAUGAGUCUACUGCAGAGUGCAUGGAUGGAGAUCCUGGUCCUGAACAUCGUGUUCCGCUCGCUGGCCUGUGAGGAGGAGCUGGUGUAUGCUGAGGACUAUGUGGUGGACGAGGAGCAUGCUCGUCUAUCUGGCCUGCUGGACCUGCACGUAGCCAUCCUGCCUCUGGUCCGCCGCUAUAAGAAGCUGAGCAUGGAGAGGGAGGAGUUUGUCACGCUCAAGGCCAUCGCCCUUGCCAACUCAGACUCCAUGCAUAUUGAGGACGUGGAAGCUGUUCAGCGGCUCCAGGACUCUCUCCAUGAGGCCUUGCAGGACUUAGAAGGUGCCAGGCACUUGGAGGACCCUCGGCGGGCAGGAAAGCUGCUGAUGACCCUUCCCCUGCUCCGUCAGACCGCCGCCAAGGCCGUGCAACACUUCUACAGCAUCAAGGUGCAGGGGAAAGUGCCCAUGCACAAACUCUUCCUGGAGAUGCUGGAGGCCAAGGCUUGACAAUUGGGCGGGAGGCUUGAUGGACAGCUGCAUCGCCCAAUGAGGAUGAAGGACAUCCCGUGAAUAGGCGGGGCGAUGCCAUUGAGGCCUGUGACAGUGACACGAUAAAGUUAAUUGUUGUUUCUGUGGAAUGAAACCCAUGUCAAGAAGUGAAGAAAAAAGACGACUAGAGGGGAAAAAAAGACAACUGCAAACUGAUUUUAAGGGUGAAUAUAAAACGCUUGCUGUAGGAUAUCGUAGUGUAUAUAAAGAUGCUGUGUACAGAACUGUGGGUCUUGUUAUAAGCAGAGACCCUUUUCUCUAGAUCACCUGUAGCUAAUGGAAGGUUUGGUUCUUUUCACCUUGAAACUGAAGUGUGAAUAUUGAUAAUAUGUUCUGAUAAAUCUGAAUGGUUAGAGCCACUCAAGUAUUCACUUUUUUCUCUCUUGUUUUUUUCUCUCUCAGUUGUACAACAUUAUAGUCUGAUAUAUACAUGUACUGUAUAUUGUGUCAAAUUCCCCUGUACGGGUUGGGGAUUUUUUUGGCCGUUAUUGUGAUAUAUUAUUCAUCAAAGAAACACAUUCAUUCACCUUUAGGGGUAAGAGUUUGAGCUCUUCGUAACCAGACCUGGGGUUGAAAUAAAAAUCGAAAAUCUUUCAAAAUAUUUUGAGCAUUUGCUUGAGUCAUGCUUGCAAUGCCAGAUGGUUGGGGUUUACACUUUUGGGACUAUACCAUUAGUUCAAUUGGCCAAGCAAGCUCAUUUACACGAAAAGACGUGUCAUGUGGCAUUUAGUUACAGUACUCAAACAUCUGAUGGAGAAGGAAGUUACAGUGACAGUCGGUCAUACGGUUGUGUCAUGACACUGGUAUUUUGAUAAUAUCGCGGAAGUAUCGCGGCAAGGAAACAAAACAUGACGCAGAUUUAGAACAUGGGCGGCAGGUAGCUUAGUGGUUAAGAGCGU